ACUGGCGACCUAAAUAAUCCCAAUUGUGAGGGCGUAUCCGGAGUCCUGGCUGCCUACAGUCGCGUCGCCAAUGAGACAUGUGGCUCAGCUCCGCCUAACUUUGCUCCUCUUAUCAAACACGUUAAUGAGAUGGCAAGGACCUCUCGAGACAGUUCGAAGUAUUUUGUUCUCCUUAUUUUAACAACUGGUUUUGUCGACGACUGGGUGGAAACUCAAAGAGCUGUAAUUGAGGCGUCUUUUCUUCCAAUUUCAAUAAUUUUCAUAGGUGUCGGCGGUGGACAAUUCGAAGAAUUACUGGUUUUGGAUCAGGAUUUUGCUCUUCUGAAGAUCGGUCAGGAAGAAGCCUGCAGAGACAAUGUUCAAUUUGUGGAAAUUCGAAAAUUUCUUCGAUUGGCCGCGGACGGGAGCGAAGAAAUUCGGUGGAACAAGAUGGGACUUGCGAAGGAGGUUCUUGCCGAAUUACCCACUCAGAUGAUGAGUUACUUUUUAAAACAACGUCUUUUGCCUCCAAAUACAAUCCCAAAUCGUCCAGAGCGAACCGAACAACUGGCAGAUCCCGCCUGGUGGCAUUCCUACAUGCAACCUUUGUAUCACCUGCCUUCCAGUAAAUCGUCCCAAGAGCAAGGCCUUCGGGAACAAAAACCUCGAUUACAGAGUGUUGAUCAUGCUUCAGAAGAAAGUGAAAAUGUUUCCGAAUUACCAAGUAUUUCUUCUAACCCUAAUCGAAGUCUAACACCUCAAAAGAUCUCUUCAGAUGCUAUUUCUGAUUCAUCCGUUCGACAGAUUAGGUUAGUCGGGAAGAUAAGACGAGAACUUUCGUUUGAAGACACUUCAUUUAGACGUAGAUUCCGAGGUGGUAAUCGUCAAGUCACUUAUGAAGUUAGGGAGAGUUCAACGAGUUGCGUAGAUCCGCAGGAAGAUCAAUCCUCGCGAAUGCGCCACCAUAGUUGGCGAGAGAGACCAGAACGAACGGUCUCUGGAGGAUCAUCCCAGAGGUCGGGAAACCAUAGGCAUUCAGAAGACUUGGAUGGCAAGAAACUGCCACAUCUUGUUGGGUAA